UGCAUCUCCCCGUCAGCGCGAAUGCCCUCAGCUACCUUAUGCAUUCCAACAAGGCGCAUGACACUGCAAACAAUAGUCUCAUGGCAUUGUUUAUCAAUUGCAUAUAAUUCUGUCGCAAACAUUUAAGAUUCAUCUGUUUUGAUGAGCCUCAUUUAAUUUCAACUGAAACAUCCAUGUCCAGGACCCGCACGCCAUCAACUCCUUACAAUAUGUCUUCCCUCGCCCUGUGGCUUUGACCAAUCGUUCAUCUCUCCCCACUCACUCUCUUUUUUUGCACUCUCGAUGAGAGAGAGCGUUGCGUUCUCUACAGGAUGGCAGCCCAUUCGCCUCAGCUCAACCGCCGCGGGUCGGUAGACCAGCUCUUCGAGCUGGUGGAAGGUCUCGACGAGACCCAGAUUCACACUCUCCUUGAAGACUUCAACAAUACCGUCUCGAGCAACAUUCCCGUCUCCCACGGCAUCGACUUUUUCGAACAUCCUGCGACGGGCGUGACCAAGACGAAGACUACACCUGCGCGAUCAUCGUCGAUUCGAAAGUCGUUUAAGCAACUUCCUAGGUUGUUCACGCGCACGCCGAGCAAACGAGCUGUCUCUGCACCGAUUGCGCGUCCGAAAACAGCGGCGCCGACGACGAAGCAUUACAGACGGAUUAGUCGACCUGUACUACCGACACUUUCGAGUGGACCAGACCUAGAUGCUCUGCUCUCAGCAUAUCUUGCGCCAGCUCCACCGCCGUCGUCUUCGCAUAAGACCAUUUCGCCAUCGCGAUCGAUAUCGAGUUAUUCUACACUGAGCCUCGAGGCGGAAGAUUCGGGCGUUGAUUCACUGGCGCCGCUUGUAUUCGGUCGACCGCAGCGAGAAGCCAGCCCAAUGGGCGAUAUUAUGGAAGUGCUCUCGUUCUAAGCACCGAAUAUGGACGAAUAAUACCUGCCAGCACGGCACUUGGACGUCCACCACGACAGUAGUGAUGCAACCACUACAACACUAUUUGCUAGCUCUGCUUUGACAUUGGCUCGGCGUUUUUCUAUUCUGUACGAUCAUUGGAGGCGUUUUUAAAGCUGUUUGCUAGUCAGGUACUAGACUGUCUGUCACCCAAGGGGAGGUCCACUUUCUACCAUAUCAUCCUGUUUGUACUCGAUGGAUUCACGAAUUCAUUAUAACUGCCCAACUACGUACCAAUCUACUAUACCCUUUCUUUGUUAUACAGUUGUUCCUUGCCUCGAGGCCUUAAAGACUGUUUGCUGUAGCAAAUUUGCCCGCAUUGACUGUGCACAUCGUCAUCUCGUAAGGCGUUAGCGUAGUGGGCCUCCUAGACGACAUGUCUUGGCAGAACUUGUAAGCUUGCUGCUUGUUGGGGAUCGUACUGCUGCAUCAUUAUUUUUGUGCUGGUGCCCUGCUCAAAAGACUUGAGACCGUGGAUCAGGGGCCAAGGACAACUUUAGUAAAGCGUUUGCCUAAGUUUAUCCUAAGUUAUCACAAGUGAUCCUCAAGUCACCCUAAAUUUACCGAAG